AUGUACCGCCACCGGGAAGGUGCCGAGGAAAGAGGGGGCGGCUCGGUGACUUUGCCCCGCUCGGGAGCUCCACAGGGCGGCGGUGGAGUCGCCGGCGGGGAGGGUGAGAUCAAGUCCCCGCCCAAGUCCGGCAGCCACGGACGAAGCCCCGCCCGUACCGUGCCGGGCGCCCGGGCGGGACUAGCUCGGGAAUCGACGGCGAGCAAUCGCACACUCUCUCUCCAGUCGUUUUGCUACCCCGCCGGCCAGGCUGCCACUCCCCGCGAGGGCAGCCAGAGGUCGACAACCGGCUCGGAAGGCGGCCGUUCCUCCGCUCCUGCGGGCGAGGUCGGCCGUGCCGAGGGCGUCCGGAACCAGCGCCGGGGCAAGCCUCCGCGGAGGCACCGCCCGGGUCCUCGCGACCCACCGGCGACGGCUCGCCCUUCCGUCUGCGUGCGAGUACGCCUUGCCGACUCGGCGGUCAGAGACCCGGCCGCCCGCCCUGCCGGCGGGCGCGUCGGUCGUGAGAGUGCGGGACCGUUCCUGACGGGACGGCUCGGGCGUUGAAGGGAAGUAACGGUCAGGUGUGGCCGGGACUUCUGCAAUCAGGCUCCCGAGGGUUCGCGGUCAGCUCUACGGCGCGUUCCCGCCUUACGUCAGCGACGGACUCGAGCGGU